AUGGCAGGCAAGCCCCUCAAGAAGUCCCCCACCCCUGGGGUGAGCAUCCGGCAGCUGGUGGACGAGGUUCCCGAGGGGUGCAGCAUACCUGAUUUUGAGCAGAAGCCCAUCACCUUGGCGGUGCAGGAGGGCAAAAAUGCCAUCUUUCGAGCUGUGGUACAUGGCGACCCCAGGCCCCAGGUGCACUGGCACUGUGCCAGGGGGGUCCUCAGCAACUCCAGCAAGUACCAGGUCUCCAGCCCCGGCAGCAAGGAGCACACACUGCAGAUCAACAAGCUGACCGGCGAGGACUCGGGCCUGUACCGCUGCACAGCUACCAACGUGUACGGAGAGGCCGUGUGCACUGCCAGGCUCACUGUUAUUGAAGUUGGCUUUCGGAAGACUUGGAAGAAGCACAAGGAACCCCAGGAAGAUCUCAGGAAGUCGCUGAUAGACUUUCGGAAGAUGUUGAAAAAAAGGGCCCCGCCCCCUGCCCCAGAGAAAAAGAUGAACUCUGAGCAGGUGUGGCAGCUGCUGAUGGCUGCGGACCGGAAAGACUAUGAACAGAUCUGCCUGCGGUAUGGCAUCGUGGACUUCCGGGGCCUUCUGCGUAGGCUGUGUGAGAUGCGCCGUGAGCAGGUGGACACCGCUGCGCAGUACGUCAACACUGUCUCCAACUUGAGACACCUCAAGGUCACCAAGGAGGGCGUUGCGAUAUUUGACCUAGAGCUGGACAUCAAGGAUCCUGAAAACAAGGUUUACCUGUAUAAGGAUGGCAAGAUGAUCCCCUACGGCUCAGACAACCAGACCAAGCACUGUCUGCGGCGGCUGGGGAAAUGCUACCACUUCCAGGUCCGGGACCUGCAGCCUGAGGAUGCCGGCAUUUACCAGGUCAAGGUGGAGGGGGCUGAGGUCUUCUCCACAAAACUAGAUGCUGCUGCCAUCCCCCCCAGAGUGCUGGUCCCGCUGGCUGAGGCCCACUGUGAGGAGCAGGGCGAAGCUGCCUUCGAGUGCACCCUCUCCAGCCCAUGCCCCAACGCAACCUGGCAUUUCCAGCAUCUGCCACUCCAGCCCAGCCCCAAAUAUAAAGUGUUCGUUUCUCCCGAUGGGCUGACCCACCGCCUGGUGGUGAGGGGUGCCAGCCUCUCAGACAUGGGCCUGUAUUCACUGGGCACUGGGCUCCACACAUCCAGUGCCUGGCUGGUGGUUGAAGCUGGGAAGGAUACAGGUCUUCUUACUACAAAAGCUGACCACCAGCUGCGCAGCAGGAGAGGGAGCAAAGGGGACAGGUUGGGGGUCUACAGCGAGGGGAGGAAUGCCGCCCAGCUUCCCAGAUCCAGACGCCAGCCUGACACUCACCGAUUCUCCAAGGAGGUCCCAGCCCCCACAGGCCACUUCUCCCAGGGCCUAACAGACAUGGAAGUACAGCAGGGGGAGCCCACUCAGCUCUCCUGCACCUUCACCAGUGACCUGGGGCCUGGAGCUCGGCUUAAGGAUGGAGUCAAGCUCAGUGCCCAGGAGGGAAUCUCCGAGCAAGACGGUCCCAGGAGCAGGCUCCGCAGUGCCGGUGUGCAGGGGGCCCAGCCCGGGAGGCCCACCUGUGUAGCCGGAGACCAGCAGAGUGAGGCCACCCCGACCGGCCCUGACCCCACUGUCCUUGCUGCAGAGGUGACAGAGAAGCUGGAAAAACCACUGGUGGUCAAGGCUGGGCAGCUGGCAACAGUGAAGAUCCCCUUCCAGAGUCAUCUCCCUGUUCAGGCUGUGUGCAGAAAAGAUGGGACCCAGGUGGUCGGCAGCAGCAGGGGGGCCCAGGUGACCCUCGGGGACAGCUUCACUCAGCUGGGCCUCCCCAGCACCAGCAGGAAGGACCGUGGCCAGGACAGCGUGGCACUGAGCAACGAAGGAGGCUCUGCGCUGGCCCAGCUCACCCUGCAAGUCCUAGACCGGCCCCAGCCCCCACAGGGUCCCCCGGAGCUGCAGGACUGCCAGGGGGCCGGGGUCUGCCUCCACUGGCGGCCUCCCCAGGAUGACGGGGGCCGGGCGGUCCAGCACUACGUGGUGGAGAGGCGGCAGGCGGGCAGGAGCGCAUGGCGGAGGGUGGGCGAGCCCCCUGCAGACAGCACCAGCUUCACGGAUGCCCGCGUGGAGCGGGGCAGGAAGUAUGCUUUCCGUGUGCGGGCGGUGAGCGCCGAGGGGGCCGGGGAGGCCCUGGAGUCUGAGGAGGUGCUGGUGGCUCCUGAGGCUGCCCCCGGGCUCCCUUCCACCCCAGCCACCCUGUCGGCCUCCAGCCAGGGCACUGCCCUGACCUGGGCAGCGCCCCGGGGACCGAGCCGUGCCCACAUCACAGAGUACCUGACUGAGAAGCGCCAGCGGGGUAGCAAUACCUGGACAGCAGUGAACAAGCAGCCUGUGCCUGACAGGAGGUGGACCGUGAUGGACAUAUGGCAGGGCUGCCAGUAUGAGUUCCGCAUCAUGGCCGUGACUCUCUCUGGUCCAGGAGCACCUGGGCCCCCAUCAGAUGCCAUCUUUGCUCGGGACCCUGCCAGGUGCAGGAUCAGUGGGGGUCACAGCCCUCCCACGGCCCUGGACACCUCAGUGCAAGCCAUGCCCAGAACUGCCUCUCCUAAGUUCCUCAUGAACUCCAGCGCAAAAGACUCACUGACAGUCAGAGCUGGGGACCCCAUUCGUGUGCCUGUCCCCUUUGUAGCUGGCCCCCUGCCUGAGGUGACCUGGCUGAAGGAUGGCUUGCCCUUGCCUAGAAGAAGUGUGACCUCCACUGAGGACGGCCUCACCCAGCUCCUGGUUCCCGCCGCCAGCCUCUCUGACAGUGGUCUCUACACCGUGGUGCUGAGGGACAUGCAGGGCCAGGAGGCCACCUAUCGUUUCCUGCUGAGGGUGGGAGGGAGCCCCCAAGCGCCCGGGCCCAUCCACCUGCAGGAGAAUGUGCCUGGGACGGUGACGGCUGAGUGGGAGCCUUCUCCGGACGAGGCCGCGGGCGUCCCGCUACACUACAGAGUGCUGACCCGCUCCUCAGCGCUAGGGCCCUGGCACCAGGUGGCGGACCGUGUCCACACCAACCACUUCACCCUCCUGGGUGUGCUCCCGGGCCACGAGUACCACUUCCGAGUGGUGGCCAAGACCGAGCAGGGAGCCAGCAAGCCCUCGGACACCAGCCAGCCGUGGCGAGUCCUCCCACGGCAGCGAGACAGGUUCCCAGUCAGGGUUCGCAGUUACCGGGAGCCUGACCUGAGCCAGAAGCCCCGGUUCCUGGUGGGCCUGCGGGCCCACCUGCUGCCCAGGGGCUUUCAGUGCUGCAUGAGCUGUGCCGUGAGGGGCUGGCCCAGGCCGCACAUCACCUGGUUCAAGAACGGCCAGAGCCUGGCGGGAAACCCCGAGGUGUACAGCACCGACGUCCUGGGCGUGUGCUCCCUGGUCAUCCCCAGCGUCUCCCCCAAGGACAGCGGCGAGUACAAGGCAGUGGCUGAGAACACGCUGGGCCAGGCGGUCAGCACGGCCACCCUCAUCGUCAUGGACCAGGGCUCUGUGAUCUCAGUGAGCAGCCUGCGCUCUGAGCCUGUGCACCUGCUCAGACUCCUUCACCUGGUACCAGGCCCCAAGAGGCCUGACGAGCCUCCCAUGGUGGGAGACCAGAUUGGCAAGGGCCAACCAGGCUACAUCAUGACAGUGGCCAGAGGGUGUUUCUCCCAGGAGCAACCUAUUCCAGAGCCAGGAGCAGCUCGCUUUCCCCGCCAGCUGCCCCGGGCCCCUGGCACAGUGCACCGGGUGCAGGGCGCGCUCGUGGGGGACUUCCCCACCUCCAGGCCUAGGGUGGGGGCUGGCUCAGCAGCCCAGAUGACCGUGGCCAUCCCCAUCUUCCCCAGCCACCCCGGGAAGGGGACGUGGCAUGGUCCUGCCUAA